GAUCAGUGACGUUUAGUGAAUGGCAACCACCCCGUAGUUGUCAAUUUUAUGAACUUUUUUAUGUGUUUAUAAAUAAUUAAAUAAAAAAAAUGGGUUCCAAACCAGAAAAAGAUAAAGCUAAACAAUUACAAGAUAAAUGCCAGUCAGUUUUAAAUACUCUAUUAAGGGACGAGGAUAAUAAAUAUUGCGUGGAUUGCGACUCUAAAGGACCUAGAUGGGCUUCUUGGAAUAUAGGGGUAUUCUUAUGUAUAAGAUGUGCAGGAAUCCACAGAAAUUUAGGGGUACAUAUUUCAAAGGUAAAAUCAGUAAAUUUAGAUUCUUGGACCCCUGAACAAGUGGUUUCUUUACAACAAAUGGGAAAUUCUAGAGCUCGAGCAGUAUAUGAAGCAAAUCUUCCAGAUAAUUUUCGACGUCCUCAAAGUGACUCUAGUUUAGAGACGUUCAUUAGAGCAAAAUAUGAACAUAAAAAGUACAUAGCCCGCGAAUGGGUAGCUCCCCCAUUACCGAAAGUCAAUUGGGAAAAGGAGAUAGAUGAGGAGAUCGAAAGGAACAAACGUAAAAAGAAAACUAUAGUUGAAAAGAAGCCCCUAGGGGCUGUAGAAGUACCCCAAUUACCUAAACCUACAAACCCCAGUCCCAAACCUACCAGGUCUGCUAAUAGUGUAGAGAAUACUAAUAAACAAGAUAAGAAGGAGAAGAAAGAUAGUGAUUUAUUAGGUUUACAAAAUCCCGAAGAUAAUUUUAGUAAUUUCGUGUCUGCACCUACAUCGGCAGUUAAACAAGAAAAAAAAGACACAGUUGAUUCUGUCAAAAAGGAGGAAGAAAGUUUUUUCAAUCAAGUAUUACCUACUGAAAAGGAAAAAGUUAAAUUAGAUAAAGAUAGUAUUAUGGCUUUAUAUGGUAAUGGGCCAGGCGGUAACAAUUUCAACCAAUUUCCACAGCCUGGUCCUCAAGGGGGAUUCCAAGGAUUCGGAAGCUCGCCUAAUUUCCAAACUGCUGGUUUUCCUUUGCAAAACGGUAGCGGAAUGAAUCAAAUGCCUGGAUCUGGUCAGUGGCCUCAACAACAGCAGCAACAGAAUUGGUUUAAGCAGCAGUAUCCGCAAGGCCCGCCACAAAAUCAAGUCCAGCAUUUCACUCCUAACUCCAAUCAGCCGCCGGGUAACCAGUUUGUUAAUAACUCAUUCGGAGGUUUCCCUCAACAACAGCCGCAUCAGACCUUCCCGCAAUUCAACCCUCCUCAACAAUUCCAAUCGCCUAAUCUAGUGGGUCAACAAUCAACACCAAAUCCAUUUUUUAAUCAAACUUUACCGCAGCAAUUUAGCAAUUUGAACAUGAGAUCCCCUCACCCACAGACAUCGAUGGGAAAUUUGUGGAGUAACUGAGGAAAUUACCAUUUUUUUUUCUAUAAUGUCGAUUUUUAAUCAUUUAAAAUUUAUAUAUUCAUUUUUUAGGGUAUUGUCAUGUAUUUAUUUGCUCAAUUUUUGUUAAUUUGUGUCGUCUUUUUUUGUUUUAAUCUCAUAUAAAAUCGUUACUCAUUUUUUUUUUAAUUUUUCACGUUUUUUAGGCUAUUUGACAAUACUAGAAGUCUUUUUGAAAGGGAUAAAAGACAGUACCAAUUAUGUUUGUUCCAAAUUAAGGAUUCCAAGUUAUAAAAUCGACAUUAUCGACAUAGGUAUUAAGGGUGAUAAAUCAAAUGUACAGGACGUUAACGAAAUGCAUUAAAUAGUAUAUUUUGGGUAACUGCAACACUAAAUUUAGAAGAAAAAAGUUCGUGUGGGUGUUACGGUAUUUAAUAAUCAUGUCAAGAAACUGUAGCGCGUAUAAUUGUCUAUAGAUGGUAGGUUUUUUCGAAUUGUAAGGUAACAAGAAUGAUUUUUUAUUAAAAUAACGACAGGUUUCUAUAAACAUUUCGUAGAUUGUGUAUUAUUAUAGCUUUUAGGUGCCUAUCUACUUAGUCGGAAAGUCUUAUAGUUAUCGAUACUUUUCCAUCAAUUUUUCAAUGCUUUAUACCCCUAGUGAAUAUUUUUCUAUCUUCCAAGGAUUUUUUUCCACUUUGUUCUUAUCCCCCCAACAAGUAUUGAAUUUUUGGUUGUUAUUUUUGCUUAUCUACUCGUUAACUAAGUUUGAAGUUUCCAUCAACUUGCUUUGUAUCGAUUCGCUUAUAAUUUUUGGAAAUUUUUUAUUUUAAAAUGUCUUGAAUGUUCAAGUAAUUAAAUUUGCAUCAAUGGAAAAUUCACUAAAUGAUGUUAGUAUAGACUCGAAAGGAUGAAUUUUGUCAUUGAUUGAUUUAAUUUAAAAAAUCAGAGUGGACACUUUUUUUGUUUUCAACUAUUUUCCCUUUAUUUUGUCCCUAUUUCCUCUGGAAGGUUCUCAGGUAGACCUACCUCUUAUUUUUUGACCGAUAUGUACUUGAUAGCUUUUGAGUAUACAUCUACUUGAUCUUUUCCUUUUUAGAUUCAAAAUAAAUGAUAAAAAAGUAGGUUUUCGCCAAAACUUUGAGAGUUUCCUCUUGGAUCAGUUGCAAAUUUACAAAAUAAGUUUGAACUUGAACUUUAAUUCAAGAAAUUGAAAGUUUCAUUUGGACACUCUUUCUUUGUCUUAACUUUUCCUUUUGCCUUUUUUAGGUGAUUGAUUGACUUCCACUCAUUUUUGUCUUGAUUUUGACCCUAUUUUCUCUGGACGGUUCCUAACUAGACCUAACUUUUAUUUUUUGACCGAAAGGUACUUUGUUAACUUUUGAGUAUAAAUCUGCUUGAUUUUUAUGGAUUUAUUUGAUAUUUUUGAUAAUUUUUGUCAUUCAUAUUGCUUGUGAAUUCCCCUGGAUGGUUCUUACCUCUUAUUUUUCCACCGAUAUGUACCUUCAUAGCUAUUGAGUUUACAUAUACUUGUUAUCCUUAUCCCCAAGGGUCCGGGACUAUGUAUCCUCUUACAUCCAUUUUCCAUGCAUUUCCUCCAGAGUUUCCUGGACUACUCCAUUUUUCUACUUGAUAUCUACUAGUAUAACUUUUAGUUUUUCGAUCUACUUGGUCAUAAAAUUCUUUUCGUCUUAUUUUUAUGCUUUUCCAAGAUUCGAUUAGGGUAUUCGUAACUUUUCCACGCUUUUCUAUUUCUGGCAAACAUUUUCAUAUCUUAUCAAAUUCACUUUUCUAUUUCUUACUUAUUUUUUUUAGCUUUUGGUUUAUUUUCAGUAAUUUUCUAUCGAAUACUUACUGUUAUAACUUUUCGAAUUGGUUUUUUUUUGUUAUCUAUGAUUUUUUUAAUUCAACAGCUUUUAUAAUAAAAAUAACGUUUAAAAUGUUUUUGUCCAUAUUCAAAAGUUUCCUUUUCGAUUAUUUAAGAGUUAAACUUUGAAAUUUUCGUUUCGUUAUAAAUAAUUUAGUCGAUAGUCUGUUUCGGACAGCAAUUUCCAAUUGCGUGUGAUCCAAAAACAACUAAAUUUUCCAAAAACUAAUUUCCACAAAGUAUAUUCGGAUUAAAAGUUUGUUUAUAGUUUAAGUUGUGGUUAUUUCAUCGACUACGAGUUAAACUUGAACUCGAUUUAAAUUUAGUAGCAGUAGUAAUAAUUUGAAAAUCAUUUUUGAUAUUCCUACUAAAAUUAGUUAAUUAGUUUUACAGGUUUAAUUCGAUUUAGGCUAAUAAAGCGUAAAUAAAAUAAUUAUUACAAAUAAAAUUUUUAUUCUGUUGUAGUUUAAAUAAGUUUUCACUAUUUUGUUUGGUCAAGCGUACAAACGAAAAGUUAGGUUAGGAUUCGGUUUUCUAUCUAAUUCUAGGAAUAUACAUUUUUUUUUUUAUUUAAGGGAAAGUUAAAUUUCAGUUAUUUCUUUAGAUUAAGAUUCAAUAUUAUUGUAUCUAUUACGUCGAAAAUUUAUUUAAGUACGUUUAUCAUCGAUAGGUAUAGAAUUUUCUUAUCACAAAUUAUUCCAAACAUUUUUGGAUCACACUGUAUAUAUAUAUAUAUAUAUAUAUAUAUAUAUAUAUAUAUAUAUAUAUGUUUAGAAAAAGUGCGUAUAUUGACACGAAGUGGAAUUGUAGUAACUAAUAAUGCGUUUUGUAGUUGAAAAAAUUUGUUAUGGUUUAAAAUUUUAUUUUCAAAUUUCAAAUGAAACUUUAGUUUUGAAUAUGGUUUUAUAUUUAUGUAAAAAAUUUUGAUUUUUUCAAUUGUUUUUCUAUUUAACUAUUUCUGAAAGUUAUACAGUAAAUUUUUUUUAUUUAGUGUACUAAUUUCAUCCCUAAUUUGAAUAAUUCCAUUUUUACCUCCAUAUAUUUGAUUUUCAUUCAUUCAUUUAACUAGAUUUUUGAAAAAACUUUUAUAAGCGAUCGAUUAAUGAGUGUUGUUAUUUUAAAAAAAAUUUAAUUGUACUUUACAGUGAAGAAACCUCAUUUUCGGACGUUUGUGUAACUUUUUUUGUUACAGUUUGACCCAGAAUUGAAAUUUUGCUUUCGUUGACGUUCUUUAUGUCUGUCGACAGGGUAGAUUUUUUUAAAUGGUAAUUCCUCAUGGAUUCUUUAUAAAUUAAACGAAAUUGCUAUUUGUUUCCUGCUGUUUUUAUUUAGGAAAUAUAAGUGAGCGUGACAUGAGAUAUUAUAAGGUGCUCGGGUUUAAAACGGAAUAUUUUAUUUAUUUUUUUUUAUUUUUUAGUUUGUAAAAACCGAGUGCAACCACUUUUUAUAUAUAUAUAUGUAGAAUACUAUUGGAGAUGGAUACGUUAAUUGCACCAUGAAUUUUGGAAAUUUUUCACUCUGUUCUUUACAAUCGAAUGACUGUUGUUGAUACGAAAGGUUCUUCCGGGUCAUUGUGAAGAUUUUUGAUGUUUGAAGGGAUGAUUGUGUCUAAUAUCUUGAUAAUUCUAUAGAUUUUGUGAUAUUUUCAUCAUUAUAUCAUGCAGAUUGUAAAUUUUAUACCUAUUCUUGUGUAAUUUUGACAUUUUGAUAAUUAGAAGUCAUCGGAUUGAUUGAAUUUGGUACAUCGGAGUAAUUUCCAACAAGAUUUUCACGUUAUGGUACAGUUGUAACGUUUACAAGUCCGGAAAGUUGUUGAAAAUUAAUUGGAAAACUUUUAAAUGCUGCGAAAACGAAUUUUGGAUCUCAACUACUUCAUCGAAGGUUAAUGUAUUUUGUAUUUUUGUUUGGGGAAUUUUUUUUCGAGGGAACUGUUGCAAUAUGAUACACAUUUCAAAAUUAUGAUGCAGAUGUAUUAUUUUAAACGAAUUUUUCAAUAUUAGAAUCUAGUAUGCAAAUUAUGUUUAUUGUUUUGAUAUUUGUGAAGAUCUUUGUAUUAAACAAAUUAUUUUAUAAAUAUGAUGAAAAAUAAGUAAAUUUUUGAACGAUGGUAAAUAUUGAAUGCUUAUGUAUAUUGUAUGUAAUUUUUUCUUUAUCAUAUAUGAAUAUAUUGUAUGAAACAAAAAUAUGGAACGGGGAUUUGUUAAAAACAACCCGCUGAUAUUGAAAAUAAAACAUUUGAAGUAUUUUUUGUUGAAAAUUAUUUCGACUACCCCUACUUUCUUCAUAUAAAAACUCUACCAGUAAGAAAUACGGAAACAAACAAAAGGCAACUGAACCUACUAGUUAAUGUGAUAUCUAAUCAUGAUCUUAGACUCUAACAUCACGAGUUACCCCCUCAAGGAACUGUUGGACCUUUAUCCUAAAGUGACCGUCCUCUGGAGCUUACUUGGGUAUGAGGAGGACUGCUACAAAGGACAUUUUGAACAAACAGAAACCAUUACACCCCAAACCAUUGGUUUCUACCUAUUGAAACUUUCCGACUGGUUCUUUUGACAUAGCCCAACUUAAAUACCGCAACAGCAGUGGUGUGGAAAAGAAGAGAGGCUGCUGAGGCAGUUCAUGGCUUAAAUACCUCAAAUUCUAAGGUUGUGUCGACCUCCAACUCUCCUCUACCCUUGGCUCUCAACUGGAGGUCGAGGCGAUGCUUGUUAAGAAACUAAAAACCCGUGGUUCUACAUCUAUUGAGUUGGGUUCAAAUGCUGUAAAAUUGCACCCGCAGUAGGACUCAAGCUAGUUUCUCCCUCUUCAGCUGGUUGUGAAUAUUCUAAUUCGUCAAAAUAUCUAAAUCAAACGGCAAUAUAUCAUAGUAAACAAUUUUUGUAAUUACUUAUGUCGUUAGAUACAACAAAAAAUUAUUGUUUAGAAACUUACUAACGAAAUAAAACCAAGAACUGAAAAAGGAAAUGCGAAAAUUAUAAUUUUCCUUGCGCAAAUUAAGCUGAAAUUGUCAGUAACCUGCUCUCAGUAAUGACAAACAAAUGUUCAUUUAGCUCUUUG